UCUUUUGCAAGGGUUUUUGAGCCAGCGUUCUCAAAGGCAAAAAUUCAAUCAAGCUUCAGAGCAACUGGCUUGGUGCGUAAUGACCCACUGGUGAUGCUGUCGAAGCUUGAAGUCAAGCCUCGCCCGCCAACACCACCUCUACCAAGAACCACCCAAUGCAGCCCGAAAACACCCAGUAACGCUACUGAAGUAGAGGCUCAAUCAACGCGCUCCUCACCUUCUCCUAUUAUUGAGAUGCUUGAUCAGCUCAGAAAGGCACUGAGAUGA